AACCGGGUCAAUCUCGAAGAAUUGAGGAAGUGCAGAGUUUUUUGUAUUAUUAAUUUGAUAAUUGCGGAGAUUUUAAUCAAUGGCACGAUGGUACAUAAAACGGGCGAAGUAAUUCCGAGGUGAUAAUGAAAUGUGUGAGUGUGGAAAUAUGAGUUAAAUCGUUAUCAAGAAAAGCAGGUGUGACAGCUAUACCGCAUAGGGACCCGAUUAAAAAAUAAUUAAAUUUGCAUAUACAUUUUAAAUGGGUUGCGAAAAAUGUAAUCGAUAAUAGUAUGCCGUGUUCUAGUGGAUAGAGGUUUGCGGAUAAUUAAUUUAAAUAUUUAUAAAUGCCUAUCGAGAUGCACAAUUACAAUUGGGAUUUAACUGGAAAAACAUCGCGAGCUCGCGCAUCCGAUGUAUGAUGGUGGCAGAUGAGUCAACAGACAAAGAAAUGUAAUAUAAUCCUCAAUCAUUCCUCAACGGGAUCAAGCUGCCAUGAUAUCCUCACAUUUCACUCUAGAUAUACAAUUAUGGUAGUUUUUGUAAACAUAGAUAAUGAAAUUCAAAAUUAAGUAGAAUUAUGGUCACUUAGUAUGUUGUAUGAGUGAAUUGUGUUAGUGGGCCUUAAGCCCUAAGGCCAAGUCAUUCGUCAGUGAUGAAGAAGCAAAAUGUUCGCACUCUAUCGUUAAUUGUGUGCACAUUCACAUACCUGUUGGUCGGUGCCGCUGUGUUCGACUCGCUGGAAUCUGAGACUGAGAGAAAUCGAUUUGAAGUUUUACAAGCAAUUGAGGGCAUGAUAAUCCGGAAGUACAACAUCACGGAGGAGGACUUCCGUGUGAUGGAGACAGUGGUGCUCAAGUCGGAGCCGCACAAGGCCGGCCAGCAGUGGAAGUUCACCGGCGCCUUCUACUACGCCACCACUGUGCUUACUACCAUUGGCUACGGUCACUCGACGCCGUCGACAAUCGGCGGCAAGCUGUUCACGAUGUUCUACGCGAUCGUCGGCAUACCGCUCGGCCUCAUCAUGUUCCAGAGCAUCGGCGAACGGGUUAACAGGCUCAGCAGCGUAAUAAUCAAGUCCAUCAAACGCGCUCUCAAGUGCAAGCAGACUCACGCCUCCGAAGUGGACCUGAUCUGCGUGGUGACGACGCUCUCGUCGCUCACUAUAGCGGGCGGCGCGGCGGCGUUCUCCAAGUUCGAGGGCUGGAGCUACUUCGACAGCGUCUACUACUGCUUCAUCACGCUGACCACCAUCGGUUUCGGCGACAUGGUAGCCCUACAGAAGGACAACGCUCUCAACCGGAAACCCUCCUACGUGAUGUUCGCUCUCAUCUUCAUACUUUUCGGCCUGGCUAUAGUAGCCGCCUGCCUCAACUUGCUAGUACUGAGAUUCGUGACCAUGAACACUGAGGACGAGAAGAGAGACCAACAGCAGGCUGAACAGGCGCAGCAAGUAGCGGUGCGGCUGGAGGGAGACGUGAUCACGGCGGACGGCGACGUGCUGCGCGGUGUCGCGCGAGGCACGCGCCUGCCCGCCGCGCCGCGGCUGAUGCGACCAGGUGACACGGACAUGGUGCAACUGUUUCUGGACGAGGACAACCCGCCGAGCGUGUGUAGUUGUACCUGCAGCUGCUUCCCGCACAAGUCCAUUCCAUAUCGCGAUCCGCUGUCACCAAUCCCGCCGACCAACAUCAGGCAGAUCAAAUCCAAGGGUUACGGCGGUCUUCCGCGGUACAUCGAGAAAUCCUCCUCCAAGAACCGAUCCCAGUCCCUACGACUGAACUCGGCGUCCGGCUACCUGUAUAUGAACGCCAAAACCAACGACUUCCAGCUCGAGCCAGAGGACUUCAGGGAAAUGGUCGCCAAACGACGGGAACAGCUAAGGAAGGGAAUGAAUAAUAUGGAGAAUGAGUAUGUGAAUCCGCUUCGUAACAUCUUUAAUAGACUUGACAACAGUCCGCUCAGUUCGUCGCUAUUCUCCAUGAAUAUGAAGGACGAUCGAAGCAAUGAUCCGUUAGUCGACGAAGAAUCCGAGAAGUCCAGCUACGCUCGACGGAAGCUUAUGAAGAAUAUCGCUAGGAAUACCCGAAACAAACGCGUCGAAAACUACUUUUACGACGACGCGGUUUUGCACUUCGACGACGAGUACGCGUUCGACGGAUCGAUUCUGUUCGCGAAGAGAAGAAAAUCUUUAGAUCCCGACUUCGACGAGUUCGUCGAUCUCCCGCGUUACGACGACGACGGCAGCUAUGGCUACUACAUCCCGGACGACGAAUCCCAAGAGCAGUAUUUCGUCAACGACACCCUAACUUUUAACCUCCCGUCGCACCGAGCGAGCAUAUAGUGUUGUGAGCGCAUUAGGUUAGGAAACUUGGGCCAAUUAAGUAUAUGGACUUGCGGGUAGUUUUAGCUUUUACACAUAGAUCGUUUUGUAUGCUUGGCUUCCUGUAGAUAUUGUAUAAAGCUUUGCACAAGACGCCCCGUAGACUAUAGUAACCGAAUGUUCGACUCAUUUUAAACGCGGCGUUAGAGCGAAGCCGCAUUGUUCCGGUCAUUAAUCGAAUGUUUACUUCAAGCGCAGGUUGUCUUAUUCGCACAAAAACAUGCUGUCUCAUGCGUGAGUGGCAUUCCAGCAGGCUUACCAUGGUCACCAUAGAAACGGAUUCUUUCUAUUGAAGAAUAGACAA